AACGUUGCCAUUUAGGAAUGCUUCUUUCUUCUUGGGAACAAAACCAAAUUUAUUUUUGGCACGAAGUGCCAUUGUUACUGUGCAAGUAAAGGGGUAACAAGGACAAUUGAAGGGUUAUCUGAAUGGUGAAUAACACAUGGUAACAGGUGAAAAAAAAUAUCGAUGAAGAAGAAAGGAAGUAAGUGAUGAAUCAAUAAUACUUACAAUAGGAUUGGCCAAAAGUGCCACUGUAGAUUGCAAAUUUGGGUUUCCCUGCUCCUGUUCACCAUUCCAAAACUUCCAUCCCGUCUCCCUUUUUCUCGUUUCUUUCAUUCCUUUUCCUGUUUUGUUUCCUUCCUCAGGUCUCCUUCGUUCCCUUUUCAUUCUGUAAGCUUUUCGCGUUCUCCUUUUGGGUUCGUCUGGAUUCGGCGGAAAGAUGGCUGGUAGGUUUGUGCGAUGCAGUGCCCGGAAGAACUUCCUGACGUUUCAAGGUCUGGGUCGCAAGGAUUUGGGAGGUAACUGGUUAUCUGAGUUCGUCUUGAUUCCAAAGUUUAUUUUCUUGCUUUAUUUAUUGAUGAUUUUUUAUUUAUUGUUCGGUUUUGGGAUUGUGGUUGAUUCUUGUGUUUUCCUGUUGGCUUGAUCAUGAUUUUGUUGUUCCAUUUUUUGUACUAUGCAGUGCCGGGAAGAACUUCUUGGCGUUUCAAGGUCAGAGUUACAAGGAUUUGGGAGGUGACUGGUUAUCUGAGGGAAUGGUUCUUCUUGAUGCUAAGGGUGGAAAAAUUCACACUACUGUUCGGAAGCAGCUGCUAUACCUGUUUCAGAGGAAGUUGGAGGAAUGGCUUGUCUAUGUUUUAUUUGUGGUUGAUGCCAAGCUUCCAUGGUUAAAGUUACACUAUAGACCAUCUGGUACCAUUCUUGCUUUUGAUUGUUUGCUCUAAAUCUCCAGGUACGUCACGUCGUUUGGGUUAUUCAUUCAUUCAUUCAUUCUUCAAUCUGAUAGAAAAUCAUGAAAUUUAUCAGAGUAUUUAUGUUUGUAUUUCGUAUACCUUGAACUUAUGGGACCGAGUCUCGAUGACCUCCUUUACUAUUGUAGUGGCAAGUUUUCGCUAAAAUCGGUUUUGAUGUUGGCUGAUCAGAUGGUAAUCAUUCAUUCAUUUCAUGACUUGUUACAUAUUUAUAAAAUUGAAUCACUCACCGUGGAUGAUGUGAAUAAAGAUGGUGCAAAAGAAACUUUGGGAAUGAAAGCAGUACAGACGAUUUCAGAACGAAUUGCAACACCUGUGUUUAGUGGGGAUAUACCAGAUCCAGAUGUUAUCUGCCUUAAGGAUUCUCUCGAUGCUGUCCGGAAUGCUACACAAGCUGCUGAUAGAAUACAUCAAGUAUAUAGAAUGCAAUCAUUUCAAAGAAAGCAGUUAGCUCAGUAUGAAGGUGACGAUGAGUUUGGAUUGUCAGAUCAGCAAGCUCUUUCGGUUCUUGCCUCUAAGGCAUCCAAAUCUGGUCAUGGGGAUGGUUCAGUCAAUGCUGCUGCAAUACAAAUACAGAAAAAGUUCCGUGGCUGGACAAAGAGAAAAGAAUUCCUGUUCAUUCGUCAAAGAGUUGUUAAAAUUCAGGCUCAUGUAAGAGGUCACCAAGUAAGAAAGAAGUAUAAAUCAAUUAUCUGGUCUGUGGGCAUCCUGGAGAAGGUUGUAAUACGGUGGAGGCGCAAGGGCAGCGGUUUACGUGGAUUUCGACCAGAUGCUGUUAUUAAGGCCCCCAACCAACCAAGCAACAAUCCUGUGAAGGAGGAUGAUUAUGAUUUUCUCAAGGAAGGGAGGAAACAGAGUGAAGAAAGAUUCCAAAAGGCUCUUUCAAGGGUUAAGUCCAUGGUUCAGUAUCCAGAGGCCCGGGCCCAGUACAGGAGACUGCUAAAUGUAGUAGACGAUUUCCGUCAAACCAAGCAGGCAUCUACUUCAAGUCCGAUAAGUUCGGAAGGGGCAGUUGAUGGUGUUGAGGAUUUGAUUGAUAUUGACAUGCUUUUUGAUGAUGAUAAUUUCUUACCUAUAGUAUUCGAUUGAUGAUUGGUGGUGGCUACUUCAAUCCUUUCUUCUGGUAAUCAUUCAUUCCUUUUAGGUUGCUUUGAAUUUCUACUUAACAGGUACGGACACAUUUUGCUAGGCCUAAUUGGAAGAAGGUUUUCUCGAAAAUGUGAUCCAAGCACUAUAGUGGCCGAAUAGGGGUGUUUUACUGUGGCGCACCGGUUUUGGCCAAAGAACUUAAUAAGUUAUGCUUCGAGUUCAACGAAAAGGGUCCAACAAAGUUUGAAUUCCACAAGAAUUCUUCACAUUUUUUUCUUGAAGAAUUUCAAUAUUGCCAGAUUUGGCUAGAUUUCCUAUUUAUAGGACAUUUUUCCAGUAGUGACAAUUUUUCUUUUUUGGUUGGGGGUGAGCACAGAUUGCCUAUGAAUUGCCAGCGGAACUAAUUGGAACUUUGAUGUGCAUUGGUAUUCUACGAUACCUGGAGUAAUAUCAGCAUCUUCCUUUGAUGGAAAAAUAGGCAUAUACAAUAUUAAGGGUUGUCGUGGUUCUGGAGAGACUGAUUUUAGUGCAGUACCGCUGAGCGCUCCAAAAUGGUAUAAACGUCUUGCUAGUGGUCAUUUUGUCCUAGUGCUUCAGGUUCUCCUGCUGGGGCUUCAGAGGUUUAUGUGCAUAACAACAUGGUCACUGUAGACGGUCUGUUGAGUUGUUCAUCUGAAUUUGAAGCUGCAAUACAGAAUGGGGAAAGAACUUUAUUAAGGGUUUUAUGUGAUAAAAAGACUCAGAAAUCAGAGUAAGUUCUAUCCACGAAGCGCACUAUUGUUUUAUGCUGUUUGCGUUUGAUUGUCAGUCUAACAAUUAGGCUGUGGCUCUUGCAUAUGUUGUCUGCUUUUUAUUGGUAUGGCAGAUCUGAUGAGGAAAGGGAAACAUGGGGCUUUUUGAAGGUUAUGUUUGAAGAUAAUGGAAUUGCAAGAACAAAACUUCUCACACACCUUGGUUUUAACGCACCAAGUGAAACAAAAGACACAGUUAGUGAUGAUCUUUCUCAGGAAGUCAAUGCUAUUGGACUUGAGGACACAUUUGUCAAUAACAUAGGGCAUGUGGCUACUAAUGAAACCACUAUUUUGUCUUCCGACAACGGGGAGGAUUUCUUUAACAAUCUUCCCAACUUCCUAAUUGUUACUAUUAACAAACUAAUUUGAUUCAACCUUUUGACAUAUGUUGUCUACAUACUAUUGCUACCAAUUGUCAUAUUGAAGUAGUGAAAUCUAAGACCUUGAUGCAAUAUGUGGAUGGUUUAUCUUUUUCUUAGCACAAACUAUAAAAUCCCCAAUUGGACAUAAAUUUUGAUGAUCGAGUAUUUUGAUAGUAAGCUAUUAUAAUUCUUGUCUUCACAUGUUAGCAGUUUGCUCAGAGAUGAAUGGACUAUGCUUUGCGACACACUUUCUUCAAAACUCAUGGGAGCUGGCAAUACAUUAGCUGCAACUCUUUGUUUUAUAUGUGCUGGAAAUAUUGAUAAAACAGUUGAAAUUGGUCAAGGAGCCUGUCACAUGAGCAUGAGGGGAAAUCUUAUGUUGACCUACUUCAGAAUGUGAAGCAUCGUACAUACCAGACGGCAAACUUGCUUGGCAUCUCAUCAUUCAUGUGGCUGCAACGAAGAGACAACUGCAGCUUAUGUAUUAUACAUUACACGUUGCAAACGUUGGAGACAUUGACCUAAUUGGAAGCUACAUUGAUUAUUGCAGAUAGAUCCGCAAUGAAUUGAAAUUGACAGUUUUGAGGAUAAAGAAUGAUAAAAGGAGGUAAGGGGACAAGGGAUUAGGUGUUUUCUUAAGCGUAACUUCCUCAUUUUCCUUCGAGUAAAUUCGAUGAAUACCAGAAAAAAUGAGGAUGAAAAAGGCGACUCUCACUUGCUUUUAUGAUCCUCUUUCUGUCUCUCAACAGAACUCUGAUUUUGGUUUGGCUUUUCUUUGGGGGAGGAGAGUCUAUAUGUAUAUAAAUGAGACUAAUAUAGUGUUUUAUAUUUUCUUUUAUCAAGGUAACCAUUAGUGUUAUUCUUUUUAUCUUUUGUAUCAUACUACACAUUAUUGGAUAGAUAUAGUGAAGAAUACAAAUUAAACAAAUGAGUUGAUGGACUGUUAGUGUGCUUCUCUGGUGAAA